AUGGGCACAUCGGCGGCGCUGAGCGUGACACCGAAGCUAUGGGCGUGUAUCCGGAGGAGUUUGCCACUGGGAGGAUGGCGUAUCGGGAGGUCUUUCUCCACCGACCACCGGCCAACUAGCGGAGAUGCGUAUUCAACCAAUGAUAUCAGGAAUAUCGGGAUAGUGGCGCACAUAGAUGCGGGCAAGACGACUCUUGCUGAAGCGUUACUUUCACGAGGAAUGGAACAAAACAGACACGGUAGAAUGCAACAGAAUCCCGUGCAGUUGGAUUUUAUGGAGCAGGAGAUCAAAAGGGGUAUUACUAUAAGAGCUGCCUGCUCCAGUUUCAAUUGGGGUCGCCACCACAUCAACAUCAUAGACACGCCCGGGCACACCGACUUCAGUGGAGAGGUCUUCAACGCAAUGAGCGUCAUCGGCGGUUGCAUCAUUGUCAUUGAUGGCAUCAAAGGAGUGCAGGCGCAAACCAGGCACCUGAAUGCUGCGCUACCGCGCCACAUGCCCAAAAUCUUAUUCAUCAACAAAACAGACAGACCCGGCGUUUCAAUAGAAGAAAACCUGCAGUCUAUACGGCAGCACCUCAGACUUAAUACAGUCCUGGUUAAUCAACCCGUGGGCGAUCCGAGAAGCAUGACGACUGGAAAAAGGAUUGUAUCAGUGCUGGAAGAAGGUGAUGAAUGCCACGAAGAGCGCGCACGGAUGCGUGACGCACUUACAGACUGCUUGUGUGACAUCGACGAGCAAAUCGCAGACGUAUACUUGACUGAUGGUCACGUGUCAACAGAGCAGCUUAUAACACAGCUACAAAAACAUGUAGGCGAAGGAAAAUUAACUCCGGUUUUGUGUGGCUCUGCCCUUACCAUGGCUGGCGUGGACCAGCUGCUGAAUGCCGUAUGUAGGCUUUUCCCGCCGCCUACCACUUUGAACGAUUUGCAGAGCUCUAAUAAGGGAUACACACUGGUACACACUUUUAAGACGGUCCACGGAGGCGCGUCCCAGAUACAUGCAUUCUGCAAAGUGCUCAAGGGCAUUGCAACGCCCGGGAUGCGUCUGCACAACCUCGAGUUGGGUAAGACAGAGCAAGCCGGAAAAAUAUUCAAGAUACAUGGAAAUACUUACCAGGAGCGCAAUCGCGUGGUCGAAGGCGAUAUACUGAUGAUUAGCGGCAUGCAACAUGCCAGGACAGGGCAUCUGCUUUCAACUGAUCCCAAGAAGACUCUGCCAAGUGAAUACAGCACACCACUGUCGACCGUUUCCGCGGCGACCAGGUGCGUCUGCUUUGCAACCUUCACUCCAAAGAACGAUCAUUCAAUCGAUGACGUUGUCGAUGCCAUGGCAAAGAUGAAAAUCGAAGACCCCAGCGUCUAUUACAAAUACGACCCAGACGCCAUAGAUGGCCUUGUGGUGGGCGGCUACGGCGAAUUCCACUUGGAAAUACUCGCUGAAAUGCUCAAGGAUGAUUACGGGAUACCGGUCCAAAUUGGCAAGCUCACAGUGGCCCUUAAGGAAACUCCAACAGACAUCGUGGAGACGUCGCUGUACACAGACGCCACACUACCUGAGGGUGGGUGCUUGUCCUUGCUCAUGGCAACAUGCGCUGCAGACAAAACGCAUGUUGGGAUACAUCUCAUCAUGGAGCCGAUGGAAACCACAAUAAGCGAUCCAACAGCAUCGUCAAUGGAGUCGUCUGCACCGACCGAUGCGAAUGCACCAAUUAACAAGGUUGACGACAAAAAUGUAGUAUUCCUCAACCCAAACGGCUCGGUAAUGGCCCAGACGGAUGCCAUAUUGGCAUCCACCAAAACAAGGGAGAUUCUCGCCAGUGUGAAGCAAAUGCUCCACAACGUUCUUGCCGCUGGACCUCUAAUUGGAGGGUCAAUGAUCAAUACAAGGGUAAGACGCAGCGUCGGGUAUCUUCAUGCUGUUGCAGAUAAGGAUUGCGAAAAUGAAGUUACUGCCAAGUUCAACUGUCGCCGGUAA